AUGGAACAAAAAUUUACAUAUAUAUCAAGUAUAUCAUCAUCUGCAACUUACACACCGGAAACAAAAUUAGAUAUUAUUGCAUUUGCAAUGGGUAAUCCAGCAAAUAAGACAAAAGCAAAAUUAAGUAAAAACAAUGAAAAUUUAUUAGGCUCUGAUAUGGCCAAUUUAUUUACUAAACGAUAUAAUUAUGAACUACAACGUUGUUCACAAUUUUAUUCGUUGGCGAGUAUUUAUAAUGAAACAUCUACGAAAGAUAAACAUCGAAUGAAAAUAAAAAAUAUGAAAAAAAUUUAUUCGACUGGGCGAAAAUAUAUUGCACGAUUCUUUAUAUGUUCUUAA